UGGAGGCCAAUAACAGUCGGUUGUUAUCCAAUGGUUGUACUGUACUGUCAAGUCAUUGUCCCGCAUCCACAUUGACUAGUACUGCUUCUGUUUGGGAAAGGACGCUAUACUUUUUUUGAUUAAACUACAGAUUUGCCUCUGAACGAACAAAUUCGGUUAGGGUAAACAUGGAUAACUUCACGAAUAAUGGCACUUUUCCCAACCUGACGACGCCUAUUCCAGAUGAGACGGUUAGAUCUGGGUCUAUAUUCUUUGGACUUGUGCUCCUCGUACUCGCCGUUAUAACUAUAGCUGGAAACAUCCUGACCAUAUCUGCCUUCGUGUCCAACGUACUACUCCGCCAGAAACCCAGUAAUCUCCUCCUACUUAGCCUGUCCUUUAGCGACCUGAUGGUCGGCGCUACGGGCUUGCCGGUGGCUGCCAUUCACACUGGUCUCGGCUACUGGCCUCUAGGAAAGGCCAUGUGUGUGAUCAACGCCUACUUCUCCGUCAUCGGAGUAUCUGCGGGGAUGUACACCAUCACUGCAGUCAGUCUUGACCGCUACUUUCUGGUGUCGAGAGAGUACCCAGCCUAUCUGAAGCUACAGUCAUCCCGUAAUGUGAAACUAACCAUCGCUGCGGCGUGGAUAAUCGCUACCCUCAUCAGCUCCGUUGAGGUCGUACUCUGGCUCGCUGGAGACUACUCUAGCGUUGAUUACAGCCACGAAUGCCUCUCCCCUGUCCGGAGUGACCCUCGCUUCGUCAUCGUCAUCUUCUUCCUCCUCUUCGCCGUCCCGUUCCUCGUCAUGCUCCUAUCAACUCUACGGUUCUCAAUUCUCUUACGGAGGCGCCUCCGUAAACCAACCCGCACCCAUCACCCGUCAGUAGACUCCGUCAAUAACAAACUAGUCCAUAAGGUUGCGCUGGAUAGAUCACCCCCUCCCGUCACAAGUGUUACAGUUAGUUCUGAUAACAACCUUAGCGGUGUGGAGUCUACGGAGCUCAGCAGCGUGCCAGCCUCAACCAAUACCGACGGUGAAACCGCUCAACCCGCUCGGCCAAUCAAACGGAAAAGCCUCGGGGGAGCAGGAAGAAAGAAAUCCUUCUUUGGUUUCGGUGACGCGGCACGUCGAGUAGGAACUUCAGGAUCCACACGGGAUAAUCUACGCAAUCGUUACAGAAAACCAGCCGUCCGUCUAGCCAUCCUCCUGGGUGCGUUUGCGCUUUGCACGCUCCCGUACCCCAUCUUCAUCGUCUUGUCCCCUGGCUCUAGCUGCGAAGACUGCCCCGCAAGACUAGUCAGGAAUCAUCUGUCGAACUUGCUUUUGUCAAACUCUGGACUGAAUCCGUUCCUAUAUGCUAUAAUGCACAGGAAGAUCUGGCAGUUUUAUAAGAAUAAACUUACAGCUCCUUGCAAAAGGUGCUAGACUCUCGCACAUAUCGAGCUAAAGCAUGUACUUUUUUGCUUUUGUUCCAAAGAAGUUGGUAAAGGUCAUGUGUUUGUUUCAAACAACCUUUUUUUCAUAUGUUGGCCUUUGUAGAUAAUUAAAAUACCGCAUCAAUAGUGUCCGCACGUUCAAUAUAAUAAUUAAUAGUUCACCUCACAAAGAAUUCGUUGCAAUGGUAAACACAAAGAUCUACAGAGCUACCAUGUAUGUUUACUUAUGUGGAUCAAACCUUGUCUUUCGAGUAAUUAAUGUAAAUUACUUCUAAAACGGUUAUGUUAUUGAACAAAAUAACGGGAUAUUAUUCCUCGAUUUUUCGUGAUUUUUAUGGAAACGUAUUAACCAAGGUGUCACUGUUCUGGUGAUGUAAAGUGUAAUAUUGCUAUAAGAUUGAAUCAGGGCAUAUAUAGUAAAGAAAGCAGUGUUGUUUUUUAUGCCAACGGGUUAUAACGUGCGUUCUACUACCAACUACGCUAUUUAUUAGCUCCGAUGUUGGAGGUCUCCCAAUUUUGUCAAUACCUCUGUUCUGUGUACAGCAGCAAUGUGAUGACAACUUUGUCAGUUAUCCUAGUGGGUCAUUUACUUACUUUAAUAGAUCUGAUGUGGCUAUUCAUAAAUCCUUAAAGCCAUUAUACACUUUCGGUACAAAAAAACAAAGUUCACAGAUUUACAAAUAAUUU